CCGAAAACGGUAUCAGACUAAAUGAGAAGGGUCUGAUUUGCAGAUUGUCCAGCGCGGCGAUCGGGAAACUAAUCCGAUAUAAAGUGCUAGAAUUUGGGUAAAUUUUGGCCCUGAUUUUACAACGAUGGACUCUUAUGAUGUCAUAGCGAACCAACCGGUCGUCAUAGACAAUGGUUCCGGUGUCAUUAAAGCAGGGUUUGCUGGCGAUCAGAUACCAAAGUACCACUUUCCCAAUUAUGUUGGAAGACCUAAGCAUGUACGAGUUAUGGCCGGGGCACUAGAGGGCGAUAUAUUUAUUGGUCCAAAGGGGGAGGAGCACCGCGGACUACUGUCAAUCAAAUAUCCGAUGGAGCAUGGUAUUGUGAAAGACUGGAAUGACAUGGAGCGAAUAUGGCAGUAUAUUUAUUCCAAAGACCAACUGCAGACCUUUUCAGAAGAGCAUCCAGUUCUCCUGACCGAGGCUCCUCUCAACCCACGGAAGAAUCGUGAGAAGGCAGCCGAGGUGUUCUUUGAGACGUUCAAUGUUCCCGCUCUCUUCAUCUCAAUGCAGGCCAUCCUUAGCUUAUAUGCGACAGGUCGGACGACUGGUGUAGUCUUAGACUCCGGUGACGGCGUGACGCAUGCCGUGCCGAUCUACGAGGGUUUUGCUUUGCCUCACUCCAUCAUGAGGGUAGAUAUAGCAGGCCGGGACGUCACCCGAUACCUGCAGCUGCUACUGAGGAAGGAAGGCUUCAAUUUCCACACGUCGGCCGAGCUUGAAGUAGUCAAGAUGAUCAAAGAGCGGUCUUGUUUCCUAUCAAUCAACCCUCAAAAGGAGGAGACAACAGAUACAGAGAAGUCGCUGUACAUGCUGCCUGACGGAAGCACGCUAGAGGUUGGUCCAGCUAAGUUCCGGGCACCAGAGCUCCUCUUCAGGCCAGAUUUGGUCGGGGAGGAGUGCGAGGGACUCCACGAGGUCUUGACCUUCGCCAUCCAGAAGUCAGACUUGGAUCUGAGGCGGACUCUGUUUGCCAACAUCGUGCUGUCGGGAGGCUCCACGCUCUUCAGAGGGUUCGGGGACAGGCUGCUCAGUGAAGUCAAGAAACUAGCGCCCAAAGACGUGAAAAUCAGGAUAUCAGCCCCACAAGAAAGAUUAUACUCAACAUGGAUUGGGGGUUCAAUCUUAGCCUCACUAGACACUUUCAAGAAGAUGUGGGUCUCCAAGAAAGAAUACGACGAGGACGGAGUACGAGCCGUCCACAGGAAGACCUUCUGAACACCAGGCAAUAUUAGUUAAAUAGUUAAAUGAGAACAACAUAUUUAACCAUGUCACUUGUACUAGUGGAAUCUCUUUUUUGUUUUUGUUUACAUUGCAGGUUUUUGCUUUUGUUUGUACAGUUACAGAAAUGCGGGCUUGGGGAAUAUUACAGUUGUGUGCUUAUUUUGGAAGUUACUUUAAGUAGGAGGACAAGGUUUUUUUUUUUAUUUUGGAUUACGGAUUUUUUUGGUCUACUCUACUUUUAAAUACUCUACCUUUAAAUGUUUUGUCACUUAAUAUCGAAAAGCAUGUGUGCAUGAUCGGUCGAUGACAUCGGCAUCGUGGCCUACUAGUGCAGCUGGUUCCCGUCCGUUCUGCCCAAGAUGUUUUUGGUGACGGGAACCAGUACACGAACAAGUAGUAUGCACGUAUAAUCCAGCAACAAGCAAUGAUAUCAGAUCAAGGCGUUACAAUGUACGUACGUAGGCCUACAUGUGGCAAUGUACGGUGAGGCCUUUCUCUAUUUUGCAGGGCUAGACGCUUGGAUUGUGGUUUAAAAGCGAAUCAAAAGCUUGUGAUUUACUCGGAAGGCAAGAAUUUGUUUUUGUCAUCAUAAGUAGAAUAUUUGGGCUGAUCUAAAAAAAAAAAAAUUGUUGAUAUCCGAUUUUUUCGGCGGUAGAUCCGUAAUCCAAAUAAUUAAAAAAAAAUGGCCAGAGUAGCAGAGGUUUUUUAUGCAUAUUCCUCCUGAACAAGGCUAAAAGCUACAGGGCUACAAGAGAAAUAAAAAGAAGAGUAGGUACUCAAGAAAACUGAAGGAAGGAAUUAACAUUCCUCUUGAAACAGGACAGAUCAUAGGUUGGAGGGAAACAAGCACCAGGCAAGGAGUUCCAUAGAGAUGCAGCACGUGGGGAAAAAAAAACUAUUGCAAUAUCAUUUUGUUCUACAUCUAAGUACUGCAACAGCUUUGACUGAAAAUGCAAAUCCUGUUAAUUAUUAGACCAAAUUUUGAAUAUUUUGAUGUUAAAAUGCAACAGCUGUUUUUCCCCCCAGUCUUUCUGUUUAUUGUUGCAUCUUGUACAAUUGGGUUUGAACUCUCUGAUAAUGUACCAAAUUUGGACAAGUUUGUUAGGAAUGCAAUUAUGAAAAUUCUUGACUGAAUUGGCAGUUUUCCUAAAGAAAUGGUCCUACCUCCAGCCUGUCUGGUUUAAGAGAUACUUCAGUCAUUUUCCUAGUUCUGGAUUUUUCCUAGUUCCGGAUCGCUUCAAAAGAACCUACUUCUUUUGGAUUGGUUUCAAUCCUAUUUUUUUUCUGACUAAGUGUGUUUGAAAAGUAAAAUGUAAGCUCCUUGAUACACAAAUAUCUUUUUAAUAAAAUCUCUAGAAAAGGAAUUUUGGCCAGAUUUCCGACUUGCACUUUGACGUGUGUGGAUGAUUUGUAGAAAAUCACAGGAGCCGCGAAUCAAUGAUAAAUUUUUCCCUUGAUACAACACUCGGAACGUGUGAUUUUGAACAAUUUUUUUUGUACUCUACAGUCGUAUAAACACUUGCAUCAAAUGUUUGUUGAAACAAAAUAAGUUGUAGAGUCUCAAAUACUUGAACGCAUGCUUUUGCCUAGUUCAGGAUUGCACGCAUAAGUAGGACCAAACUACACUUGCGUAAUCGAUUUUUGUGUGACGUGUUCUGUGAUUGGUCAAUGUUUUGUGCCGUCGCGCUGCAGACAAAAGUUUCAAAAACAUUUUCGGGAAUUCUCAUCUUAAAAUUUGCUGGAAUUCUCAUGAAAGAACUGUUUUUCGAAAAAUUAAAUAAUACUUUAUCAGAAAAUUUGCUUGAAUCGGGUUGUUUCUGGCUGACAAAUUUAUUCUCUAGCGUGAUUAUUUUUUUCGCACGAAGCAGUUUUUGAACUGAUUAAACCGAUCCGGAACUAACAGAAGUGGCAUCGGUUCUUUUCGAGUCCCAUAUUCAAAAUGGAAAGAACUUAAAUUUACAUGUAGGAAACAUUUUUGAAGUAUCCUCAUCACUCAAGGUAAACGAUUAAACCAAUGUCACUCGAAUUCGUGAAUCAGUUGAGCCGAAAGCAGACUGAAUAAUGUUUGCGAUCCAGAACUAGGAAAACGACUGUAGUUCAAAUUAAAAAAAAUUUAUUUGUUUUGGGAUUGGUUUUUGUUUUUGAAAAGGCCACUUUUGCAUUUGACUUGCCAUAUAGGAAAUUCAGUUUUAAAAGUAAAUUUAAAAAUGAGUCGCAGAAAAGAAAUGUGUCGGUGAAGGCAACAUCCAAUAUUGAAUUUGCAUCUCCCUGACAAAUAUGGAAAUGGAAUUAAUUCAUUUUCAAUUUUUAUUAAUCUUGAAGGGGUUCCCAGGAUUUUCUGUAAAUUAAUUCAUGCAUCCACACGAGAUGUUAUAUGACCAGGCGAUACUUGCAUUCCUUUCUAUUUUACAAUUUACACAAAAAUACUUAAAUUUAUUUCAUUUUAUGCAUCAUUUCAGCGAUUUAGCUUUGGUUGAUAUUUGUAAGAGGAAUCAGAAAUAUGUUUAAUUGUAAAAAAAAUUUAAAACCCAAACUCAAAUAAUUUGUCAUGAAAAGUUCUUCCUCUCAUAACUUGUUUUUGGGUGUCUUUUAGGGCAGAUCUGCAGAA